UCCAAAGGCAACACAGGCCCCACUAUUCUAAAUUUUCCAUUCGGCUAACAUCAUUUUUCUGAUUUUUUUUUUUGGCGUAAAAUUAACACGUUAUUAGAGGGACCCUGUGAUUGCGCGGACAUCUAAUCCAAAAUCCUUUGAAGAUGUGCGACAAGCCUACCUGCCCCCCGCCCCCGCGAUGCUGUCCUCCGCCACCGCCUCCCUGUCGUCCGCCGCCCACCUUGUGGCAGAAGUUGAACUGCGUUCCGUGCAACCGAUUUGCGUUCUUCGUGAUCGGGGCGGGCAUCGGAUUAUUCUGGGACCAAAUGAAAAAGGAGGCCAAGAAGGCGGCCGAGGAGGCCGCGAAGUCACCCAAGGAGAAGGAAAAGGAGGCCAAGGAGCGCGAGAAGAAGCAAAAGGAGAAGGAGAAGGCCGAAAAGGAGAAGGCGGAGAAAGAGAAGAAAGAGAAGGAGAAGAAGGAGAAGGAGAAGAAGGACAAGGAGAAGAAGGAGAAGGACGCCAAGAGCAAGGAGAAGGGCAAGGAGGGCAAGUAACGACAAUAGACCCCCAAACGGAGAUGUCAAGGAGCAGGAUGUUUUCCCCCAAAAUUCUCAUCGAAACCAUAUCGUUUCUACACUUCAAAAAUUUCAAGUGCA